CUCAAUGGAUUACAUAAAGAUGUUAUGUAACAGCGACGCAGCGUGCUCAGCAGCGCCACAAAUGCAACUCGCGCGCGGCUGACUUUUACAAGGCGUCAGAGACAGAGAGUAGUACACUUGUUCUCGUCCAUCACAACACGAAAUAUGGACCCGGUCAAUAAUACAGUGGAAGCCAACAAUGAGGUGAAGGACGGUACCACAACAGGACAAAAAGGGUUGGAGACCAUCGCUCCUCUGAUCUGCUCUGUCAAAGAGACCCCUGAUCCAGUCCAUGCUGAGAUACAAGGGACCAUUCCCCUUUGGAUCAAUGGCAGCCUUCUCCGAAAUGGCCCAGGGAAGUUUGAGUUUGGAGACACUCACUACAACCACUGGUUUGAUGGAAUGGCCAUGCUACACAAGUUCAAGGUGGAGAAAGGCCAGGUGACGUACACGAGCCGCUUCCUGCGCAGUGACGCUUUCAAGGAGAACAGCGAACGGGACCGUAUCAUGGUGUGCGAAUUUGGUACCAUCGCCAUGCCUGACCCUUGUAAAAACAUCUUCCAGAGAUUUUUCUCUUACUUUGAGAUGAUAAAGCCCACAGACAAUGGCAAUGUCAACUUUGUCAAAUACAAGGGAGACUACUAUGUCAGCACAGAGACUAACUUGAUACACAAAGUCAACCCAGAAAGCCUAGAGACAAUGGAACAGGUAGACUGGAGCAAAUUUAUUGCUGUGAAUGGAGCUACCGCCCACCCUCAUUAUGACCCUGAUGGUACCUGCUUCAACAUGGGCAACUCCUAUGGAAGGCAAGGAGCCAUAUACAACAUUAUUAGCGUACCCCCUGAGAAGUCCAGUACUGAAGAGACCCUGCAUGGCGCCAGAAUUCUCUGUUCUAUUACCCCUUCAAACAAGUCCCAUCCCUCCUAUUAUCACAGCUUUGCCAUGUCGGAGAACUACGUGGUAUUCAUUGAGCAGCCAAUUAAAGUCGACCUGUUGAAGAUACUCACAAGUAAGAUAAGGGGUAAAGCAUUUGGCGAUGCUGUAUACUGGGACCCCGAGUUGGAAACCAUCCUGCAUCUUAUUGACAAACAUACAGGCGAGGUCAGCCCAGUGAAGUACUACGCCAAAGCUUUCUCCAACUUCCAUCAGAUCAAUGCUUUUGAAGAGGAUGGAUUCUUGGUAGUUGACUUGUGUUGCUCAGACGAAGGACAAGCCAUCAACAUAUACUCCCUUCAAAAUUUACGCAAGUCGGGAGAAGCACUCGAUGAGGUGUACAACACCAUGAGCAGAGUUUUUCCUCGCCGCUUUGUACUCCCUCUUCACGUGACCGAUGACACGCCGAUUGACCAAAACCUCAACACUCGUCCUUCUAGCACAGCAACAUGUGUCAAACAGAGCAACAUCAGGAUCUUCUGCCAGUAUGAGGAUCUCCAUGGUGAUGAUCUCUCUCAGUACGGUGGUCUGGAGUUCCCUCACAUCAAUUAUAAGAAAUACAACACCAAGCCUUAUCGUUAUUUCUACGGAUGUGGCUUCAGACACAUGGUUGGAGACUCACUUCUCAAGAUGGACCUCAAUGACAAGACCCUUAAGGUGUGGUACCAGAAAGGUCUCUACCCAUCCGAGCCAGUAUUUGUGCCUUCACCAGAUGCUGUGGAGGAGGACGAUGGUGUCAUCCUCUCUGUGAUUCUCUCCCCUUCUCAGGAUAAAGACACAUUCCUCCUGGUUUUGGAUGCCAAAACAUUUGAAGAGUUGGGACGAGCCAAAGUUCCUGUCAAAACGCCCUACGGCUUCCACGGUGUCUUCAGUGCCUCUGCCUAAAUGAAAUUGUUACUACAUGUUUGCUGCAUAAUGAUAUCCAAAAUAAUAGUCAACCCAAAACACUAAAUAGGGACGAUUACAUGAUUGUACUUGAAUGAAUUCCUGCUUUAUGCUUUACAAAGGUACAUUGUGCUCUUACCAAAUGGAUGCAAAUGAAUGCAAUUUGGUUUGUGUCCAAUUUUAUUCUUGUUUUGUAUUUACACAACUUUUGUAUUACUCAAAACUGCUAUUUCUUACACUAAGUGCCAAUAGCUAUUUCUAAUCAAUAUCAUUUGAAUCUUGCACUUUAACUAUUUUUGUAUAUAAUUCAAAUAAAAUGUA